AAUUUCAUAGCUCGUUUUAAUAAAAGUCAGCUAGUCUUCUCUUCUUUAACCGAAUGAGAUCCUUCCUUGAAACUACCCCCCUUCUAUUUCCUUGUUAUAUUCUUUAAUAAAAUUAAGCUUUUCCAUCGCCCAAAUACCCUAAUUUCCAUCUAUUCAUUCAAUCCCACACUGGCAAAACAGAGAUAAAAACAAUGAAGAAAUCGAGUUUCUUAAGAAGUUCAAAAGAGAUGCUUACCAAGAGCUUCAAUUCCACCAAAUGUAAGAUGUCGUUAAAGUUAGCGUCUUCAAGGUUGAAGUUGUUGAAGAACAAGAAGGAAGCGCAAGUGAAGCAGAUGAAAAGAGAACUGGCUCAGUUGCUCGAUUCUGGUCAGGACCGGACAGCAAGAAUUCGCGUGGAGCAUGUAGUUCGGGAGGAAAAGAUGAUGGCAGCAUAUGAUCUUAUCGAGAUUUACUGUGAACUGAUCGUGGCACGCUUGCCUAUUAUUGAGUCACAAAAAACUUGCCCCAUUGACUUGAAGGAAGCAAUUACAAGUGUAGUUUUUGCGUCACCAAGGUGCGGAGACAUACCAGAACUUGCAGAUGUGCGGAAGCAUCUUACCGCAAAAUAUGGAAAAGAAUUUAUAAGUGCAGCAGUUGAGCUCCGUCCCAAUUGUGGAGUUAGCCGCAUGUUGGUUGAGAAGUUAUCUGCCAAGGCACCUGAUGGGCAGGCCAAAAUGAAAAUCUUGGGGGCAAUUGCUGAGGAACAUGGUGUUAAAUGGGAUCCUACAUCAGUAGAAGAGGCGGAGUCAGUGCCUCCAAAUGACUUGCUGAAUGGAUCUGGUAGUUUAGAGAAGGCCGGAGACCCUCCUCAUUUCGAAGCUUCAGAUGUGGGAACUCCACAUGAUCAUGGUAAAAGGCCUAAUGCAUCUUCAAAUUUCCCAGAGCAGAAUGCAAGAUCCUCACUGGGAACCCAAAGCUUUGUCUCUGCACAUGGUGGUGGUAGUGGCGUAACACCAUCUUCUAACUAUCAUCAUAGAGUUAGUCCUUCAGGGUCUAGGGAUGAAAGGUCGGAAGCUGGGCAAUCAUUUCCUGGAGAUGGUAAUUUUUCAGCUGGCAGGCAGAAUUGGAAUAUGGAAUUUAAGGAUGCUACCUCUGCUGCUCAAGCAGCUGCUGAGUCUGCAGAACGUGCAAGCCUAGCUGCCAGAGCUGCUGCAGAACUUUCAAGGGUUACAAGGCAAUAUUCCUCAGAAUCUCAGAGGUCUGAAGUACAGUCUUCAGGAGGCGGAGGACCAGGAAUGUAUGACACAAGUAUCCAUGAACAUUUUCCCAAAGAUUCAGCAACCAGCUCUUUACCUGAUAGAAAUCCAAGACUUCAGAAUGAAAGGAUUGAUAUUUUGCCACAUGAAAAUCUGGCUAGAGAGACGAGACAAUUUCACGAUGAUAAUCAUGGUACUUUAGGAGGUGCAGGAUCAGGAAACCAUGGUACUUCAAGCAUCCAUGAACAUUUUCCUAAAGAUUCAGUUAUCAGCCCUUCACCUGAUAGAACUUCAAGGUUUCAGCAUGAAAGGACGGAUGGUUUGCAACAUGAUAAUCUAGCUAGAGCAACAAGACAUCAUAAUGGUAGUCAUGGUACUUCGAAUAGGCCUGGUUCACAAGUCUCCGUAGGUGCCACAGGUUCAAUUAAUAAUGAUAAUCCAUUUGCUAGCCCUGGAGAAGGUGAUAAGAAUAUGCAGAAAAGGUUAUCAAAAGAGGACAGUAGAGAGAAAAUGAUAAUGAGGAAAUCAUCGGGGAGAACUGAAUCUGAAUCCACAAAUAGCUUUAAGAAUGAGUCAAUUGAGGACUUCAAUUAUUUUGGAGAAGAAGCUACUACUACAGAAGAUCCCAAAAACAAUUCUUCAGAUUCUUAUUUAAGCACUUCAGGUUUUGGUGAAAAUAUUCAUCAUUCUAGCCACCAAACUUAUGGAUAUGAUUACCAAGGUCACGUUCCUAGUGAAACUGUUAAUAAGAGUUCUCAUGAUUCUGCCUCUGUUGCUUUUGAUGAUUCUGGCUCAGAAGAUGACGUACAUAUUAAGUUCGACUCAGAUCCUAUAUAUGAUGACCAGCAGGCCAAACUGUAUUUUCCUUCACCAGAAAGGAAAUCACCUACUUACAACUCUGCCAUUAAAAAUUCGUGGAGCUUUGACUCUGACAAAUCACCGGAGAAGUCUCCUUUGUCAUCAGAAGUCUUCGUGGAAAGGCACUCACCUCGAUUAUAUGAAAGCUUGGCUGCCUCUGGUGACAAUUCACGACCUAAAAAUGUUGUGCCAACCUUUGACGAUUCUGAUGGUACGAAUUCCGAAAGUGACGUCGAGAUGGUCCGACCCCCGAUUGGGAAGUCAAAAGAUAUUCCGAAUGUUUCCUAUGAACAUGCAGGGUAUCAUGACUCACCAAGAUCCUCCUAUACGGAAAAUGUUUCAGGAAGUGAUGGGAAGAAAUGGUCACACUCCUUAUCUGACAAAACGGUGUCCAAUUAUGUGCAAAGACAUGGUAAAACUGAUAAAAGUGAUUCAAUUAGUUUCAGUUCAGAAGAUGAGGCUGAGCAUACAAAACCCCGAGAUGGAAAGGACACCUCCAGUGCACCAGCUUUGCCCGGGACACAGACAGAUGAUAGUAGUUUAGCUUCUUCAGCUUCUGGGUUCGAAAAGGAGUUCACAUUUGGGAAGUUAACUGGUGGCCUUAAGCAUAAAGGUCACAUCCCUCCACCUUACUUAAGGAGCCAGUUAAAUAAUAUUUCAACUUCAGUCGAGAGAGCUAAGGAAAGUCCUGUGGUGAGGCCACAAGCUGUUGCUCCCCUUAAGAGUUCUGUUGUUUUGGAUGACACUCAUUCUACUUCAGAUACUGACAGUUCUGAUGAGGAAUUUUCACAAGAGGCUUCAAAUUACAGUCGAAGAACUUAUGCACAAAAAACAGGCAGCGAAUUUAAUACAAAUUAUGCGGGCUUACGAGGUUCACCUACUUAUUUUGAUUCUGAUAGCAGUGAUUCCGAUGCUGGUCCUAAGAAACAAUCUCUUGCUGGUAGAAGUCAAUUGGGUAGCGGAUUCUCUCGUAGAACUAAAGCUUCUUCCUCCCGCUUAGAUACAAACUCUUCCCCUAAGUUUAAAAUCAGCUCUGAGGCAGCUGUUAAUUCUGGCUCUGGUGUAGACAGAAAACCCACCAGGCGCUCCUUCGGUGCUAAAACUCAAGAACCUCCGAAACCUGUCAUGAAUUCUUUUGCUGCUGAUACACAAGAACCACAGAGACAGACCAGGAACUUUUACAGCAGUGAGUCACAUGAAUCCCCAUCAGAUAAAAGGAUGAGUUCAGAGCAGCCCAGUGCUGGACCCGCAGUUUCAAGGCAUAUUGCACAGCCCAAGAUCACAUCAGAUGAGGGAAGACGGAAAUCAACAAGGAUGGAACAACCAGCGAGCUCUGCCCAAAUGUCAGCAGCAUCAGGCAGCCGUAAUGCCCCUAAGGCACCAGCCUCGAUUGGGGACAAAAUUUCCAGAGAGGAUAGUAUGAAGAAAGCUAGUCAUGUACAUCCAAAGCUACCUGAUUAUGAUGAUAUUGCUUCCAAACUUGCGUCGCUUCGAACGAAUCCCAAGUGAAAGAUAAUGUCUUUUUAGCUAUGUACAUACACGGCAUGGAGACAGGUUUCUUAAAGUAUGUCUCAUACCUAGGAUUCCACUACAAUAUAUUUGCUUGUUAUGUGCACAUAACGCAUUGAUUCAUUUGAUAUAAGAAUAAGGUUCAUUUAUUUGAUGUAAGAAUAAGAUAAGUGGUGCAUAUUUCUUUUGGUUCAACAAUUCUUGUUUGAUAUCUGUUGAAGACUGAAUUGAGAAUUUAAACAUGUAGUUGCUCAUUGUCGUGAA